AAUCAACUAAGCUAUCAAUACAAACUCGGUUUUUCUACAACAACUAAAUCUCCUCUGUUGCACAACUCCUCUAAACCAAAUCUUCCAUUUCCUGAACACUCUUUUGACAUAAACACUACUCACCUAGACUCAUAAAAACCAUCAUAUCCAAAGACAUAGUCAUUUGCCCGCAAACCGGUGUCUCAGCCAGACUUACAAACCCAAUAUCACUGAAACCAGUCCAAAGCUUCCUUUGAUAGUUUACUAUCACGGUGGAGCUUUCUGCAUAGCUUCAGCUGCUGAGCCACUCUACCACAACUGCCUCAACAUGCUUGUUGCUGGGGCUAGAGCCAUUGCUAUUUCUGUUAGUUACAGAUUAGCCCCUGAGCACCCACUGCCAAUUGCCUACGAGGAUUCAUGGGCUGCGCUUGAAUAUGUCUUCGGUGGUGAAGAACUUGAUGAGUGGGUCAAGGAUCAUGUUGAUUUGAAGCGAGUGUUUUUGGUGGGAUAUAGUGUUGGGGCUAAUAUUGCACACCAUUUGGCCUUGCGGGUCAAGAAGUCCAACCCGGAUCCGAAGGUGAAGAUCGUUGAGGAAGUCGAUGGUGGAUACAUGGUGGAGUUUUGUGUGCCCAUCGGAGAAAGGGGGUGAUGACCGGCUUAUUAACCCGUUUAUCAACGGAUCCCCAAGUCUGGAGGGGUUGGCUUGUGGUAAGGUGCUUGUUCUUGUUGUAGGAGAAGACAUACUGAGGGACAGAGGGAGGCUUUACUAUGAUGAACUGGUGAAGAGCAACCGGGCAGGAAGCAAAGAGUUGAUUGAAACAGAAGGGGAAGAUCAUGUGUUCCAUAUCUUCAAUCCUAAUGAAGAAAAGGCUAAGACCUUGAUCAAGGAUUUGGGUUCUUUCAUAAAUCAAAAAUAGUGCAAGUUCAGUGGAAGAAGAGAAAAAAGGGUAUUUCUGGUGUGGGAUUCCUCGUCAUUCUUGAAUAUG